AUGACAAAGAAAAAGAUUAAGGAUAGAGUUAUUUUGGGAAAACCAAGUGCUGGUCCAGAGUGUGUUAUUCCAAAUGUUGAUGUUAUUGAUGCUAGUCCAGUUUCUUUUGCACCCCCUUUGGGUACAUUAGAAGGACCAUCAAAACCUGUUUCUGGCAAACCUAAAGAUAUAAAUGAAGAAGCAACAUCAGUAGUGGAUGUCAAAGGAAAGAGACAAAUGAAGGAUAUUGUAUUGCUUAUGGAAACAGAUGUUAUUGGUUUUAGAGCUAAUUAUGAAAGUCUUUUUAAAAAAAUCCAUUUGCAUGUUAGUGUUCUUGAUUCAUGGUCUCGUAUACUAAAUCAUCAAGAGAAAUUCAGAGAUGUUGUUAAUUCUCCACUCAGAUUGUUCAUGAAUUCUGACACUACUUUGUCAUUUGAAUAUACUCAUUUGAAUGAAACUGCAAAAUAUAAAGUUUUCAAGGACAGCUUCUCUCGCAGUGUUUCUGGUGAUAGAGACUUGAAGGUUUUGAAGGAUGUUGAUAUGGUAUUUUUUCCCGUUUUGAGGCAUAAGCACAUAUAUCUUAUUGUUAUGAAUCUGAAGAAACGUGCUUUUGAGGUUAUCGAUAAUGGUGCAGAUGAUGCUGAUUUCGAUGAUAAGUAUGGUGCAGUUUUUAAACCUCUUAUAUGUAGUAAAGAUUUGUUAUGUUCAAUGGAGAUAAUCUUUCUAAGUAAUGGUGGAAGAGUUCUUGGAGUCAGCUACAAUCUGUAUGAAAAUCUAGCUAGGAAUAUGAAGAACAAGAAUCUUGGAAAAUGGGGAACGUGA